AUGCUGGCGCUCAAUAUCGUCUUAUACGCCCUCUUGGGCACCUCCUUGGCCUUUGCCAUCGUGGAGCUGGGACUGUCAGCUUUCUUAACUUCCGCAUAUACCGGGACCCGCGAGGUCGCGACCUGGAGCGCCUACUCGGGCUAUUCCUACACAACAGUGAAUGUAAAGGCCCCAGCCAUUCUCGCAUUCCUGGUAUUCAGUGCCUGUUGGACGAUCCUAGUGACGGCCGCGGCUUUGGUGCUGCCAUGGCACUUCGCGAAGAAAGGCUUUGUUACUGCAAAGCUGAAUACCAUCCUCGCCUCGUGUUUUGUGGGUGUUUACUCUAUCACCAUGGUUUUUUGGCUGGCUUGCUUCGCCGAUCUCGCCUCUCUGCUUGGUGGAGGAACCAGCGACUCACCUUACUUUAAUGCUAUUCUCGCAUUUGGUGUGCUUCUUUGGUUGCUCUUCGUUGCCCUUGUGGUGUUUACAGUUCUUGCGAUGUGUGGUGUGAUGGCUUCUGACUGGGCUGGCUACCAGUCUUUGAGAAAGGACAAGGGUGUUGAGGGGGCCCAAACGAGUGGGCAUGCUCAUGAUGUGCCGAUGAGUACGACCCCUGUGGUUCCUGAAAUGUCAGCUCGGGAUGCUGAGGGUCUACAUAACCAGCCGAGCAGCCAAUCGCAUAGUAUCUCCUCGCCGUCGGCCGUUCAUAGCGCCGAGCUCAACGGCGAUAGCGUUCAUGAUAACAACACAGGUCGGACGGCGCAGAUCAGUCCUGUUUGA